CCGAAUGUUUGUAACGGUUUGUAGCCGACGGCACCACUGUUUUUAAAUAUUAAAGGUUUAUUGACGUCACGUGAAACAUAUCCUUUGUAUAGCGAAUCUUUAAGAAUGAGCACAUCAAAAGGAAAUAUAAUUUCUGUCAUUGGAAGUGGACUGAUUGGUCGCUCCUGGGCUAUGGUGUUUCUGAGUGGAGGGUUCAGGGUGAAGAUAUAUGACAGCCAACCAGGACAGGCUGCCAGUGCCACCCAGGAAAUCAGGAAGCAGCUGAAGGAGGUGGAGCAGGCCCAGAUGCUCAGAGGGAACCUCAGCGUCGAGGAUCAACUGGUCCUGCUCAGUAGCCAUGAUGACCUCUCCCAGGCACUAGAGGGUGCCUUCUUUGUCCAGGAGAGUGUGUAUGAGGAUCUGGAGACCAAACGCAGUGUCUUCCAGGAGGUGGAGUGUCACAUGGGAGAGAGUGUGGUUCUCAGUAGCUCCACAUCCUGUCUGUUGCCCAGCAACGUUUUCUCCAAAGUCCAGAACAGGAAGCGCUGCAUCGUGUCUCACCCGGUGAACCCACCCUACUACGUGCGUCUGGUGGAGCUGGUUCCCCAUCCAGAGACGGAGGCAGCAGUGGUGGACAGCACCCAUGCCUUAAUGACCCAGCUGGGCCAGGCGCCGGUCCGGCUGAGGAAGGAGAUCGACGGGUUCGCUCUGAACCGCGUGCAGUACGCCAUCAUCGCUGAGUCCUGGCGUCUGGUCGCGGAAGGGGUCAUUUCCGUCCAGGACAUUGACCUGGUGAUGUCAGAGGGCUUAGGGAUGCGCUACGCCUUUAUCGGCCCCAUGGAAACCAUACAUCUCAAUGCACCUGAAGGCCUGGAGGAUUACCUGAAGCGCUACAGGGAGGGGAUGAAGAGGGUGCUGUCAUCUUUUGGCCCUGUUCCAGAAUUCUCUGGAGAAGAGGCCAAAUCCAUAAACCAGGAAAUAUGUGACCUCAUUCCCAGUGACCACCACCACCUGUCUGCCAGGAGACAGCGGCGAGAUCAUCUCUUGAUGGGCUUGGCCAAGCUGAAGAAAUGACCCAAACCCUAGCAAAAAAAGAUUCUUCUGUUUUUGGCCUGUAACACCAGGGAUUUUGGUUUGGUGUUGUACUAACGUUAAAGUACACUGUAAAGUAAAGUAAAGUAAAUUCAGCAGGAGUUUGACAAUGCGAAGACAGAUGAUUCUUGAGCUGCUGAUUUGGCAAUAACAUAAAUUGCAAAAGUCUAUGGUGAACAAAGACAAGGAAUUCAGUAACAACUCACAGAUCAGAGAAUUAACAAACUUCAUGAUGGGACGUGUUACAUAUGUAUGUUCUGUGAAGAAAGUUGUAGUGUAUAAGCUGAUGGUCAUUUUUAGAUACACAUAAAAGAUUACUCCAAAUGGCA